UCUCCGGCUCUUUUUACGCUUGCUGUUGCGGCCUUUGCUCUAUGUGACCCAGCCCCUCAGGUACCCUUAUACCUAUCUUCGGGAUUUGAAGUAUAUACUCUUACUCCCUUUAUCCUUAAUAUUCUUAUAACUAAGAAACCUGGUAUAGAUCUGAGGACUAUAAGAGAUCCGCUAGUAAAUUCAAAGAGGAAAGCAAUAGAUUUAUUACAAGCAAUAUCCAAUUUAUACCUCAAGGCUGCAGAGGAUAAAGUCUAG